ACUGUGGGAACGUGUGAAUAAAACAUAAAAUUUGAUUGAUUUAAAUCUGUUCAUUGAACCCUAAUUAAAAUUGUGAGUUCUAUUGUUUGAACUAAUUAAAAUUUGUGUUUUAUUUACGCACUUUGAUAGUAUAUGAACAAAAUCGGACUAUAUAUGUUUUCUACCGUAUAUCUGCUUAAAAAAUAUUUGCGACUUAUUUAAAAAAAUCCCCCCAAUUUGACCUACAAUAAUAUUGCAUAAUAGGUGACAACUUGUAAUUUGUCACAUAUUCAACUAUAGAGGGUCCAACUCCCUUGUCACAUCAUUAUGUUGUCAAAAAUUGUAAGUUUCUAGUGUUUUUCUUCCCUGAAUCUCCCCUUUAAAUAAACUAUUAUAGAGUUUUUGUAUAUAAGUUAUGUUUUUAUAGCAUUAAUUAGCACUGUUUGGAUUAUAAAUUUAAGUAUGGAUUAUAAAUUUAAGUAGAAAUUUGAAAAUGGAAAGAAAGAGGUAAGGAAAUUCAUGUUCAUGUUCCAAACAGUCUUAAUCAACCUCUUUUUUUAAAUCUCAAUUCCACCUUUUAAAUCUCAAUCCCCCCAAUUCCACCUUUUUUUUAAAUCUCAAUCCAAAUUCAUGUUCCAAACAGUCUUAAUCAACCUCUUUUUUUUUUUUUUUUUUGUGUGGUAAUAAUCAAUAUUAUGGUCAUGUACCUGACAAAAUAAAGCUGCCUGUUAUGAAACGUUCCGUAUCAUUAAUAUUAUUGUAGUUUACCCAUAAACUAUACAAAUUGGUUCUAUUAGAUACAACUAUCUGAUAUCAUUACAAAGAGUAAUCAAAUGAAAACCUAUUAAUCAACGUAACCAAUCUGCUGAGUCUAUGUCAUAACAUUUUAUUAAGCCACGCAGAGAGCAAUAAUAUCUAUUUUCUUUGAAAGACCACAACGAUAGUAUGCAUUGUGACAAAAUCAUAUAACUCUAUAUAAAGCCCAAGAGCAAUGCAGAAUUCAUUGCACCUCCCAACUCACAGCCUAUCAGUCUCCUUUCCUACCUCUUAUUAGCAGAAGAACCAUGGAUUCCAAAAACCAGCAGCUGUACCAAUCCAUCUUCUUUGCUUUGCUAUUCAUUUUGGGAACUUUGGUUUCUCAAGCUGCAUCUCGUUCCCUUCAAGAGGAAUCAAUGUAUGAGAGGCACGAGCAAUGGAUGACUAGGUUUGGGCGUGUCUACAAGGACACUGCUGAGAAGGAGGAGCGUUUCAAGAUAUUCAAGGCCAACGUGGAAAUGAUAGAAUCUUUUAAUAAAGCCUCAAAUAAGCCUUACAAGCUUGGGGUUAAUCAAUUUGCAGAUCUUACAAACGAAGAGUUCAAAUUGCGCAAUAGGUUCAAGAGUCAUGUCUGCACCGUAGCUAAGCAACUAUUCAAAUAUGAGAAUGUGACCGCAGUACCAGCUACCAUGGACUGGAGGAAGAAAGGUGCUGUAACACCUGUUAAGGACCAAGGCCAAUGUGGAUGUUGUUGGGCAUUUUCGGCUGUGGCAGCCAUGGAAGGAAUUAACCAAUUAACAACUGGUAAGUUAAUCUCGCUAUCUGAACAAGAGCUAGUUGAUUGUGACGUAUCUGGUGAAGAUCAAGGUUGUGGGGGUGGUCUUAUGGAUGAGGCCUUUAAAUUCAUUGAACAAAACAAUGGCCUGACAACUGAAACAAACUAUCCAUACAACGGAACUGAUGACACUUGCAACAAAAACAAAGCAGCAAACCAUGCAGCCAAGAUAACUGGGUAUGAAGAUGUGCCUGCCAAUAGUGAGAGUGCAUUGUUGAAGGCUGUUGCAAAUCAACCAAUCUCUGUAGCAAUUGAUGCAGGUGGAUCUGACUUCCAAUUCUACUCGAGUGGAGUCUUUACAGGAACUUGUGGCACCCAGCUAGACCAUGGCGUCACUGCCAUUGGUUAUGGGACUGCAACUGAUGGGAUGAAGUACUGGCUGGUUAAAAACUCAUGGGGCACAGGAUGGGGUGAACAAGGGUACAUAAGGAUGCAGAGAGACAUUGAUGCUCAGGAAGGCCUAUGUGGCAUUGCAAUGAUGGCUUCAUACCCCACCGCAUAAGGUUCAAAAAUGAAAGUUCAUACGUAGAAUAAUAUGUAUUACUGGUGUAUUCUACAUUUCUCAGCUCUUGGAUGUUCAUAGCUAUUGCAAAACUUUGUGUAUUUCCUAUAUGGAAUCAAUGUAAAAUUAGUCUUAUAAAAAUUUCUUAUUUUCUCGUGUUUGGUUGGCUUUUA